CACCCACCCACACACUUUUUCAAGUUUCACCGAAUCUAUUUCGUCGUCUAUGUAAAACUUGGAACAUAUCCCCCUGAAUUUCAUGGCUUUCCCCUUCUUCUGAGGUUAAUGAGCUGAAUUUGAAGUGGUUUUUGAUGGGGAAUGUACUUAGUCCGAAUAGUUCCAAGACUAGAUGGAAUCAUACCUCUGAAAAUUCACAAGGUGAAGCUCGAAAGAGACAGAGAUUGUCAAGCUCUUGUGAGGAUAACACAAGAUUGAUUCCGUCCCUUCCAGACGAGAUAUCACUUCAGAUUCUAGCUAGAGUUCCACGAAUUUGUUAUUUAAAUCUCAAGUCGGUUUCUCAUGCUUGGAAGGAAGCCCUUGUGAGUUCUGAACUUUUUAGUUUGAGAAAAGAACUUGGAACGACGGAGGAGUGGCUCUACAUAUUAACAAGGGUCAAGGAUGACAAACUUUUAUGGCAUGCCUUGGAUCCUCUUUCCAGAAGAUGGCAAAGGUUACCUUCAAUGCCAAAUGUUUCCUGUGAAGAUGAAGAAAAGAAGGGUUUGGCAGCCCUUCCCCUUCGGAUGUGGAGCAUGGUGGGUUCGAGUAUCAGAAUUGCUGAUGUCAUAAUGAGCUGGCUUGGGAGGAGAGAUGCUCUUGAUCGGAUGCCAUUCUGUGGUUGCUCGAUUGGUGCUGUUGGUGGUUGUAUAUAUGCUUUAGGAGGUUUCUCUAAAGCUUCUGCAAUGAAAUCUGUUUGGCGGUAUGACCCUGUUAAAAACACUUGGAUGGAGGCCAGUCCGAUGUCAGUUGGUAGAGCCUAUUGCAAAACAGGUGUAUUAAAUGAUAAGCUUUAUGUUGUUGGAGGGGUUACUAGGGGUCGUGGUGGAUUAAAUCCCCUUCAAUCUGCAGAAGUAUAUGAUCCGCAUACAUGUACAUGGUCCCAAUUACCAAGCAUGCCUUUUGCUAAAGCUCAGGUGCUGCCAACUGCUUUUUUGGCUGACUUACUCAAGCCUAUUGCCACAGGAAUGACUUCAUACAGGGGAAGAUUAUUUGUUCCUCAGAGUUUGUAUUGUUGGCCCUUUUUUGUUGAUGUCGGGGGAGAAAUUUAUGAUCCAAAUAAUGAUUCUUGGCUUGACAUGCCGGUUGGUAUGGGUGAAGGUUGGCCAGCGAGGCAAGCUGGAACAAAAUUGAGUGUUAUUGUCAAUGAUGAUCUAUAUGCACUUGAUCCUUCAAGUUCUCUUGACUCUGCAAAGAUCAAGGUAUAUGAUUAUGAAGGCGAUACUUGGAAAGUUGUUGCAGGAGAUGUUCCUAUUCAUGAUUUCACUGAUUCAGAAUCUCCUUAUCUUUUAGCUAGUUUACUUGGAAAGCUUCACGUAAUUACUAAAGAUGCCAAUCACAACAUUAUAGUGUUACAGGCUGAUUUGCAAAAUGACUUAGCAUCGCCCCGAUCCUCGUUGUCACCAGAUAAUUCACUCACAGAAACGACUGAAUCAUCAUCAGCAGCAGAAUCAGACAGAGACAUUUGGCAGGUUUUUGCUUCUAGGAGUGGUAGGUCUGCUGAACUAGUCAGCUGCCAUUCCCUUAAAGUUUGAUGAAAUAGAGCUAGAGAUCUUAUAUUGUUGUUCUGAUUUCAUGUCUGUGUUAAUCUUGAUUUUGCUGAUAAGCCACAAAGAUUUCAAAUUGUAAAUGGUCCUCUCUCCUCUGUAUGAUUGAUUCAUAAAGAUGUAAUUCCUUAUUACUCGUAUGCACAGAACAAAUCAAGAUUAUACAAAGUAAGAUUAUCAACAUAAUAUACUGGAUCUAAAGAUUUUCUGGUCCUUUCCUUCCUUUA